GAGCUCCCAAGCUCUGGAUGCCUGUCACUGAAUACUACCUUCCAAAAGCAGUAACGCCUUCCUGAAUGGGAUCUGUCGGAUCCAAUUCACGUCUGCUCAUCACCACCAGACAAAAAUGUCUGCGAGGGUCAAAUCAUCCAGAACAUCAAAGCCUGACUCGUCCAAACUCAGAAACUCGCUGAAAAAAUCUAACGCCGCAGGAUACGCUAAACGGCAUUCCCAAAAAUCAUCCCAGAAGGGCAAGGCAACUGUAUCAUUUGACGAUGUAUACGAAUAUGCACCUUCAAAAGUUAGACGAGCAAAGAUUGGCUUAGAACUUGAUCGAGAAGAGGCUACUGACCGCCACAACUAUGCAUCGGACGAUGAUGUUGAUCUUGGAGGUAUGGGCCAGGAGGGGAGAGAAGGACUACGAGCGAGAUUACUAGGAGAAAAUGCAGAUGAUGAGCGAGUAGAUAGUGGGGACGAUGAGGAGAUUGAGAGUGAUGACGCGUUUGAGGAGAGCGACGAAGAAAAGUAUGCUGGGUUUGAUUUUUCCAGCAAGCGCAGUAAAACUGCUGAUCCUUCGUCGAAGAAAAAUGCUCAGAAAUUACCCAAAAGACUUCCUGAGGUUGAUUUGAAUGAAGACUCAGAUGGUGCCGUCUCCGAUGCUGAUUCUGCGGACGAACUCGAAGAUGAAGACGAAGAGAUGGAAGAUGGAGAUGCCGAGAACUUCUUCGACGUCCUCCAAGUAUUUGAUGGAAAAGCAGAUGAGAACGAGGUACUGGAAAAGCGGGCUACGGAGAAGAUCAAAGCUCCCGUGUCGAAUGUAUCUGAUGAGGCCAGUGAGUUGGAGGACGAUGGGAUGUCAGAAGAUGAACAGGACGAGGAAGGAGACGCCAUCUCCGCAUCAGAAGAUGAAGCCUCCCCCGAAGCUCUUGCAGAACUGGAAAGUUUCCUCUCGAAACUGGAUCCAGCACAAGACAAAAAACGUAAAUCAGACGAUGCCUUGGCCACACAGUCGCUUCCAAAAAAACGUCGCUUGAUAGAGGAGCGCACUGAGGCUGGGGCAGAGGGAGAGUUUGGCGUUUCUGCUGGGGGUUCUAGAGCACUUAAACUAGACGACCUCCUUGCUCCGCUCACGUCAUCGAGCGCGCUCACUGCGCUCAAACAGUCUACAAAACCUCUUACGUCCACCUCAACCAAAACGAAAACUCUAUCAGCGCCACUUCCUCAGCGAGCUCAAGAACGUCUCGAUCGCGAAGCCGCUUAUGAGCAGACUAAAGAGGAAGUGGAUAAGUGGAGUGCCACGAUGAAGCACAUCAAGCAGGCAGAGCAUCUGAGCUUCCCAUUGCAAGCACAGCCAGAAGGUCGUGUCUCCAACUUGGAGCUAGCAGCAAAAUUCAAGCCUUCCAAUGAACUUGAGUCGGCCGUGGACAAUCUCCUGAAAUCCGCUCAACUCCGUGAUCAGGAUAUCGCCGGAACCGAAGCUCUAAAGAUGGCACAUCUCUCAGUUGAAGAGGUCGCGGCACGACGCGCAGAACUGCGCAUGAUGCGCGAACUUGCAUUCCGCGCUGACAAGAAGGCGAAGCGGAUAGCGAAAAUCAAGAGCAAAGCGUAUCGGCGCAUUCGAAAGAAGCAGAGAGAGCGGCUGGAUGGAGAAGAGGGAGACCAAGAGGAUGAUACCGAGGAUGCAGGAGCGCGGUUAAAGGCUGAGGUGGAGAGAGCAAGGGAGAGAGCGACCUUGAGGCACAAGACCACUGGGAAGUGGGCCAAAGCUAUGCAGGGACGCGAAGGGCUCGAUGUGGAUCAGCGGCAAGCCAUUGGAGAGAUGCUGGAGCGCGGGGAGAAGCUUCGCCGCCGCAUACAAGGCGAGAUGAGCGGCGAUGAAUCUGAGGAAAGCGAAAGCGAUGAUGAAGACCAAGACAUAGACACCAUCAAGAAAGGUGCAUUCGAAGAGCUUGCUACGCUCAAUGCAUCCGAAGAUGCUCCGUCUGAUCUGAAAAGCAAGAGCGUCUUCAACAUGAAGUUCAUGCGCGAUGCCGCCGCGAGGCAACUACGAGAAGCAGACGAAGCAGCUGAUGACUUCUUGAAAGAGAUGGGAGGGGCAGAGCAAGGAAGUGAUGACGACGCUUCCGGUGACGGAACAGUGACAAAGGGCCCGUCAAUCCAGCGUAUCGGCGGGCGCAUGACAUAUCGUCCUACCCAUGCAGUCUCUACAAAACCAGUCGGUUCGCGCGCAUCGGAGACUUCUAGCGUCACCCUUCAAUCCGCUGACUUGGUACAGGACAGCCCUACACCUUCGAACGCUAUUUCUAGCCCAAGACUCUCUUCCCCAGCGCCGGAAAGCAAUCCUUGGCUCGUCGCAUCAUCAUCUUCGGGCCUAUCCCGAAAGAGAAGCGAAGUGCUUGUGCAAAAGGGGGAGCAAGAGCAAGACCGUAUUCGGGAUGAUGCAGUGCUGGAGAUUGACGCCAGCAAGGUUCUCACUGUCCUUGAACCAGCCUCUACGCUGGCCGUCGCAAAUUCCAAGCGUGAGCAAAAGGGAAAGGGAAAAGAGAAAACGAGGAAUGACGGUGUCGCCGCGCAGCCAUUACCUGCUGGUGCUGAUGAUUCUGACGGACAUAGCGAGGUUGAUGAGCAAGAGUGUGCUCUGGAGAGGAAGCGUCAGGGAGGAAAAGGCAAAGGAGUUGCAGCAUUCAAGCAACGAGAAUUGGUCUCCCUCGCUUUUGCUGGCGAUAAUGUCGUCCAGACGUUCGAGGACCUGAAGCAGAAAGAAAUUGAAGCAGACGCGCCACAGGAAGUCGAUACAACUCUCCCUGGUUGGGGCUCUUGGGGAGGCACUGGUACCAAGAAACUUCCACCAAGACCCAAUCUGAUUAAAAAAAUCGCUGGCGUGGACCCUUCGUCUCGAGCCGAUUACAAAAAGGCGCAUAUCAUUAUCUCUGAGAGGCGGGAUAAAAAAGCGGUCCAAGUACCUCGUGCAGAGUGGAAUACUAGAGUAGGGUUCCAGAGAGGAACUCUGCCUCGUGUUGUGAAGAAGGCGAGUCGUCUUAACUUUCCUACACGCGUGUUGCUUAUAUGUGAUGCUUUUAGAUGGGUACUGUCAUUGAACCUCUAG